AUGGCUGAUAAAAUUUUAGAAGUUACACCUCGUACUACACCUUAUGCACAGACAAUAUCAGAAACUUCCAACGACAAGCAAACUCCUACCAUAGCAUCGUUAACUACUGAGUUAGGCGAACUACGAGCACAUCACGAACGAACUGUCGCCAGUCUUGAAAAUAAACUAGAUGCAUUACAAUUAUUAAUUUCCAAUUUCACAUCUCGAAGGCCUCGCUCCAGUUCUCGGAGGAGUAAGAAUCGAGACAUCUCAAAAGGAAAUAAAAUUGACGACCACAUAUGUUGGUACCAUAGAAAAUAUGGUGACAAUGCUAGGAAAUAUGUUACGUCUUGUAAAUUUUUCAAGUCAUUUUCCUCACCAAAACGUGUCAACCAAACCAUGGUAGCGACAAAUGUUUCUGGUCAUGCGCCUACUCGUCUUUUCCACGUUCUUGAUAAAACUUCAGGGUACAAAUUCUUAGUAGAUACUGGAGCUGAAGUCAGUGUCAUCCCACUUACCUUAGCCAACAAACCCAUUGCUAAGAGUGGAAAAUAUACUCUAAAGGCAGCUAAUAAAACCGAAAUAAAGACAUUUGGCGAACAAUCUCUGACAUUAGACUUGGGAAUUAGACGUCAUUUAACCUGGGUGUUCAUUAUUGCUGAUGUCCGUCACCCUAUACUAGGUGCAGAUUUUCUAAGCUUCUACAACUUACUAG